AUGAAUCCCGCCACGCUGUCAACGGUUGGCUUCGAUUUCGGCGCUUCUGGCAGCCAGCCAGAGGCAAAUGAUCACCUUCAGAGGUUAGCUGCUAUGACCCAAGGCGUAGGCAAAGAUGAUCAUGAACAAACAGCGGCUCCCUCUACAGAUGCUGCCCUCUACACAGGUCUCUCUCCGGAAGAGCGACAUGAGCUCUUCCGUCUAAUAGCCACUUACGAUCGUUAA